GAUUACGUGACAGACGUAUUACAGGUGCAGACGGCGGCCCCGUAACAGGUGACGUGGCGAUUACGUAACAUGUGUACACGGCGAUUAUAUAAACGGUCUCGACCGCUCAGACCGACAGUCGAGGUCGGAACUUGUACAAGUGUGGAAGAGGGUGCCGGACAUUUCGAAUAGAUCAGCAGGAGUAAAUACACUGUUGCAGCCACAACGCAACCAUGUCAGACGUCGAGCCUGUGGUGCUACUCUCGAUCCCGGACUGCGAGUUUGUAGGGGACACUGUCUUCGACUUAUUCCAGGAAUUCGAAGCCACUGAAUUAUACCCCUUAGUAUCUGACCAACACUACUCCAACCACUACUCCAUGAACACUAGUGCAGGUACAAAUAAUCAGAUUGAAAGUGAUUUGAAUAACGGAACAACUACAGACCAGAUGCUUGCUAAGGAGAGGGUUGACAACAUUGAAGAAGAUGUCGAUCCAGGUAUGGUCCAUACCGUCACUGCAACAGGCCCAGUCACCGCCAACAUUUUGUGGUCCAUUGAGGAGUGGUUGUUGCAGAGCUUUGAAAUUUCUCCAAAUAUGAGCCUUCCUCGUUCUACAAUUUACAAACUUUACCUCCAUCACUGUAAGGACAGAUUAAAAUCUCUUACUCCACAAUCGCUAGGGAAGAUCGUCAGCAGAGUUUUUCCUCAGCUGAAAACCAGAAGACUUGGCAAAAGGGGUAAUAGCAAAUACCACUAUUAUGGGAUCCGUCCAAUUCCUGGAUCAGCAGCGAGUAAACUGGCAGAAGAAGAGAACAUUGUUGAUGACCAGCAAAGAGCUCAGAGACGCUGUAAAUUCCGGUCCCGCUCAGGUGUCAGUGGGACUGGCAUUCUGAAAACAGGAAACAAAUAUGAGCAAAAUGCAAACAGUUCAGUCGGCUUGGGUCACUGCAAUUCAUUACAACAGGAUCCUCAUCAACACCAGUAUCCAGGCGACAUACCAGAAGCAAUACCCAACUUUCCAGGUAUAGACUAUGCUCUAGAUCUACCUGAGGAUUGCACAUUUGAAGAUCUGAACACAUUUCAUCGUAUCUACAUAGAACACUGUGCGGCCUUUGUGUAUUCACUUGUGAACUUUAAUUUCCUGACUAUUGAGAGUUUGUGGAGAGAAUUCUGGCAAAGUCAGGAUAAUAACAAUGGUGAUGAAUGUGACCAGGAGAAAUAUUUGCUCAAAAGGAAGUUAUAUCUCUUAUGCAAGUGUGAAGCAGUUCAACAGUUUGUCUGGAANCUGUACCAUCAGAUUGCAGUCGACAUCCUCAUUCCUAAUAUUCUUUUGCCAAUUCCAAGUUUAGUAACACAAUCAAUUCAAAACUUUGCAAAUGGACUGGAAUCGUGUCUAAGAAGAGCCAUGACAAACUGUCCUGAGGAAAUGGUGAACAUCAAAGUCUCUGCUGUGAGUGUCUUGGUACAGACAUUAUGUCGCUACAGCUCACUAAACCACCUGGCUCAAGUUUCGCGUCCUGUUCUUCAGAAUUCUUCACUGAUACACCAGAUGCUGGUUGACCUCAGUCAAGUUGACUUUCACAAAAUACAAGCCGAAGUAUCAUGGGUAUGUCAGUGUGAUGACAGUAUGGUACAACAACUGGAAGUUGUCUUCAGAAAGAUACUGCAUGAGCAGAGUUCAUUAGAGCAAUGGUCAGCCUGGUUGGAGGGUGUCAUUUCACAGAUGCUGAAACCAUAUGAAAGAAAACCUGACUUUGUGAAAGUUGCAAGACAGUUCCUACUCAAAUGGUCAUUUUACAGUUCAUUGGUUAUCAGAGACAUAACACUCAGAAGUGCAGCAAGCUUUGGCCCCCUUCACAUGAUCCGUCUACUGUAUAACGAAUAUAUAUUCUUCAUUAUUGAGCACAAAGUGGCUCUGGAGACAGGGGACACUCCUAUUGCAGUAAUGGGAGAAAAAUACAAUAACAGUCUGUCCAAUUUGAGUGAAUUCUUGCAACUGGGAUCUAUCUUUUAAAGAGGAAGUUCUUGUUAAUGUUUGAAGGAAGAUAGCUCCCACAACCCUUGCUGCUGGAACUAAUGAAGCUAGCCACCAUGCAGUCGCCACAGAAUGUUUCAAGAUCGGCUAACAACUGCAUUAAUUCUGGUCAUAUACUUGGGCAGCUGUUCCCAGUUAGAAACUGGUUCACUUAUUAAAAAUAAGAUUUUAUGUCACCAAGAUUUUUGUAAGGGAAUUCUUUUGCAGCCCAUGAAACAUUGUGUGGCAAAUGAUAUGCAAGGUUCUGAAGAAUUCUAUGUUUUCUUGUAACCAGAGUGCUGCAGAGAGUCCAAGAAAUAUUUCCUCCUAUGAGAAAUCAUAGUGAGUGUUUUGUGCUUGUGUGCACAGAGAAGAGAUUUAUUGUCAUCAUGUGUCAAUUCUCAUGGCCAACAAAACUAAAUAUAACUAUACAAAUUCAGAGAAUAAUGUACUGGGUCUGUGUGGUGAGACAUACACAACAUCUGCUGAUGCAAACCAGGCCAUGAAUGUAAAAGCUGAGGAAGUCUCAGACCAAGAAGGGAAGAGGACACUGUCCCAAUAACAUGUCUGGAAAUAAAGGUUGAACCUGAGUCUUGUGAGAUGAGAAGUGAGGACACUGAAAGCUGCAUCUUGCUAUGACCCUCAGACCCAGACCUAGACAGGCAAGCAGUUGCUACUCUCAGGGGUACCCUGCGUAUGUGAAAUUGAGUUUUAAUUUCAGCUAAGUUUAAUUUAAAUGUAGGCUGUCAUGUUUCAAGAGAAAUAAAGUCAACAGUAGUCACAUGUUUUAAGAAACUGAUCAUUUCCAACAUAUAAUUUGGGUGUAGUGGCACCAAGCAACUUGUCAAGUGUCAAUUUUAUGAUAACUAUAGUAAAGAUUCAGAUGUGACAACUAUCAGUUUUGGGGAAACAAGAAGGAAUAAUGAAAUUCUUGUAUCAGAUAGCAGAAACAAGUAUAUGGAUUGAUAAUGUUUUACAUUUUGAAGAACUUAGAGAAUGUAUAGCCAGAUUUCUUAAUAAAAUGGAUACCUUUGAAAAAUGAUCUCAGUUGAACCUGGAAUUCGUUGCAUGCUGUGAAAAAGAUCAUGGAGGAUACUGUCAAAAAUGUCUGACUCUGUAUCAUGAGUUGGAAGCCUUAGGCUUGAAUUUAUUGUAUGUCAGUGAUAAGGGCUUAGUUCUUUAAGGGUUUGUUUUAUAAAUGUUUGAAGCCUUGGAUAAUAAUUUCAGUAUUAUAUAUAGACAAGAAGUUUUGGGAAGAAGUUGUGAUGUCUACAUUUCUUUAAAUAUUUCAGUCUACAUUACUGGGUUAAUUGGAACUAUACAUCAAUACUUAUACUGUUUAGGCAUACAUUUUAUAUAUUAUUUCAUCUUGUAGUUAAAUUUUGCGGGGAGGUUAUGUCCCCCCCUUAACUUUGGUCUCCCAUUUACAUGUAGUGGUUUUCAUCUUAGUUACAUUUGUGCAGCUAAUUAUCUUUCUGUAUGCUAUGUUCUCAUUUAUAUUCAACCGUUUACUGCAUACAUAUUCUUCUCUCCACCUUUUUGUUUGAGGGCAAUUUAGCAGCUUGUGCUUAGCAUCCUCCUACUCCAAACAUAGGGGGCACCUUCCUCUCUCAAAUCCCCUCCUAAUCAGCCUUAACAUUCUUGCCUUACAGUUUGGGGUGCUGGCAGAGUCAGCAAGCUUAUAUAUAGCUU